CUCUUCCCUCCUCCCACUUUCAUUGAUAGAAUGUGUGUCCAAAAAAUGAGACCAUCUUCCUUCUCUGAAGUAGAGCGACACCGCUACCAAGCAGAGAAAAUGAUGUUGAGGCAGUUUAUGCUCAUGAAGCAACAAGAUCAAGUUCCUGAUGACUUAUCUGUCAGAGACAUGAAGUCCUGGCUGCUAACAGGAAGACGUUUCCUGGAGGAGUUUCAGGAAAUAAUUGUAGAGGACUGCAGAGACCUGUUCAUGGCUGAACUGGCCUGGACCACAGCGAGACACAUGUGUCUCAAUCAGAUGGAACAAGAGCUCCUGGAAGAGCUGAGCAAAGAGAAGCAGCUUUCACAGCUGUUCAACAGGCAGGUCACACUGGAGGGCCUUCAGAUGUUCCUCUCAGUCCUCCGCCCAGCAGCAGAGCAGGCUGUACACACCUGCCUUCCACGUCUGAACAGAAAGCUGCUGAGAGUCUUUAGUGUUACUCCGAUCACCAGCGGUCCACUCUCUGAUGAGGACACUAAAGCGGUCGCGCUCAUGGAGCUGGAACAGGUGACUGCAGCCCUGGUACCAGAGUUGGUGGACACUGUGCUGAAGUUCCUCCUGGACAAACCAGAGCAGGAGAACCAGAGUGAAGCUGCCAGUGCUGAGAUUGGCAAACUGCUGGCUAACUCAGCAGCUGCCUGCCUCUGUCAGUUUGGGUCAGUUCCUGUGAUGCCUCUGCUUGAUGUCUGCACCAUGGCAGCCCAACGCAUGGUCAAAGCCAUCUACAAGAGGUAUGUUGACCGGUCCAGGUCAUUCCACCUGAUGGACUAUGAUGAAAGCUCUUUUGUUGCCAGAGAGGGUGUCAUCUCUGCCAUCCAGGACAUGGACUACACUGUGGAGACUGACACAUCCAGCCAGGCCGACCUUCAUCUCGGUAUCUCAGACAGGCUGAAAGAGGAACUGGAGGAGAAGAGGGAGGCUUCUCCAGAGAUUUCCCAUGAUGACAAUGUGGCUGGCGGGGGGGCCGGCCUGAGCACAUCAUUGAUCAGACUGGAAACCAAUGAUCAGCUGGUAGCACUGCAGCAGGAGGAAGUGGAUCUGUCUGUGACAGAGGAAUCCUCGGUCAAGGACUGUGACGUUAAGAAAAAGGGAGGUUUCUGGAGGAUGUUAACAUACUUUUUUCAUGCUCAAACUAAGGAAUGA